CUGUUGAUAUCUCCGCACUGUAGUACUGAUGUGUGGAGCUGGAAGCCUCACACGGGGAAGAUGAGCAGUAUGGACGACGAUACAGAGCCGUGUGGCCCUACACCAUCCCGAGAGCUCACCCAAAACCCGCUGAAGAAAAUAUGGAUGCCUUGCAAAAACGGCCUUCCAGAAAGGCACAUAUUUCAGAGGAAGGUAUGCAUGACCAACUGCCCCACUCUCAUUGUCACGGUGGGCCUCCCAGCCCGGGGGAAAACCUACAUUUCCAAGAAACUGACCCGCUACCUCAACUGGAUUGGUGUGCCAACAAAAGAGUUUAACGUUGGGCAGUACAGACGAGAAUGUGUGAAGAUCUACAAGUCAUUCGAGUUUUUCCGACCUGACAACGAGGAGGGGCUUAAAAUCAGAAAGCAGUGUGCAUCAGCAGCUCUAAACGACGUGCGUCAGUAUCUCACCGAGGAGGGCGGACAAGUGGCGGUAUUUGAUGCCACAAACACCACAAGAGAAAGACGAGAGACAAUCAACCGGUUCGCCGAACAAAACGGCUUUAAGGUUUUCUUCGUUGAGUCUGUCUGUGAAGACCCUGAUGUUAUCGCAGAAAACAUUGUGCAAGUGAAGCUGGGUAGCCCGGACUACACUCACUGUAACACAGAGCAGGCCGUGGAGGACUUCAUGAAGAGGAUAAAGUGCUAUGAGAACUCGUACCAGCCUCUGGAUGAGGUGCUGGACAGAGAAUUGUCCUUCAUAAAGAUCAUUGACGUGGGUCGGCGGUACCUGGUGAACCGGGUACAGGACCACAUCCAGAGCCGGAUUGUGUAUUACCUCAUGAACAUUCACAUUACUCCACGCUCCAUCUACCUGUGCCGGCACGGAGAGAGUGACCUGAACGUUAGAGGACGAAUCGGGGGAGACUCUGGUCUUACAGCCCGGGGAAAGGAGUUUGCCCGCUGUCUGGGACAGUUCAUCCAUGCGCAGGGCAUCAGUGACCUGAAGGUGUGGACGAGUCAGAUGAAGAGAACCAUUCAGACGGCGGAGGCUGUGGGUGUUCCGUAUGAGCAGUGGAAAGCUCUUAAUGAAAUAGACGCUGGUGUUUGUGAGGAGCUGAUGUAUGAGGAGAUCCAGCAGCGGUAUCCUCUGGAGUUUGCACUGCGGGAUCAGGACAAGUACCGCUACCGCUAUCCUAAAGGAGAGUCCUAUGAAGACCUGGUGCAGCGGCUGGAACCGGUCAUUAUGGAGCUGGAGCGGCAGGAGAACGUUCUGGUCAUCUGCCACCAGGCCGUCAUGCGCUGCCUACUCGCUUACUUCCUGGACAAGACGGCAGAGGAGCUGCCUUACUUGAAGUGUCCCUUGCACACAGUGUUGAAGCUGACGCCGGUGGCCUACGGCUGCAAAGUGGAGAGCAUCUUCCUCAAAGUGGAAGCAGUGAACACCCACAGAGGAAGACCAGAGAAUGUUAAUGUGCACCGGACUGCGGAGGACGCCUUGCAGACCGUUCCGCCUCACCUCUGACCCUGUCGUUUGGCCGCCCACUCUCACUGAUCUCACUGCCUGUGCUCCGGGGAUCCCCUGACCUCCUGGCACCUCACAAACAAAUGACUUUUGGGGUCCCCUGCCUGAAUACCCAUCCUUUCCCUCAACUCAACUCCCUCAUCAGUGGCCAGACUGCACUGCACUGUUCAUUUUAGCCUCCUGGACUCAUAGAUAGGACGUAUUGGUCUUUAUGCUGAGUUGCCAAUUUACACCUACUUUGUAUAUACACUCAUUGGCCAGUUUAUCAGAAACACCUGCCAUAUAGGUCCACUUUGUAGGUCUACUGUUACAGACUGUGGUCCUUCAUUUGCUGUCCAGUAUUAGCUCCCCUGUACCACAUCGAUCAAUGAAAAGGGACCACCAUAGGACCACCACUGGCCAGUUGGAGCAACAGAUGGGCUCCAGUCUUUUAUACCUAUAAUGUACCUAUGCGGUAGGUGUUUCUGAUAUAAUGGGCCAUAAAAAUGACAAGAACUGAUCCUACAGCAGCAUUAAUGCAAAAAGGAGUGGAUAAUGUACGCUGAUCUUUGGGAUACGAUCAGUCCAGAAUCAUAUCCCUUCUUACGUGACCAGUACUUUUACACUACACAUAUCGAUACGCACAUUUCCAGAGUGGAAGAGCUAUGAGAAAUAAGACAGACACUGCUCACAAACACCAUGUGAUUCACCACUCUAUAUUCUGGAGAUGGUCCAUCAGAAGUUCAUUCAAAGGGCAAUUCCACCUACUUAAAAUGUCUGCAUAAUUCUAUCAUUGAGAUGUAAACAAAGUCCUUCAGAGUGGUUUGACGGUUCUUUACAGUGGUGGUGAUGAUAGGAUCCAGGGGUCACAUUGUCUACAACACAAAUAUAGCCAUUUAAUUUACUAUCCAAAAUGACCAGCGAAUCUACACGUCAUUUUGAGUUUUCAUUUGCAGCUGAGGUUGGUAAACUAGUGGUACAUUAAAAAAAAUUAGUUUUUUUUAGGGGCUGUUCAGCCUUAGAAUGCUGUGUAUGUACCUUUCCACCAUUAAUAUAUUUUAGAAAAGAUUUUUAGGCCAAUGUUGCAUAACUAUUGUUGUCAUUAGGUAAUGUUUUCAUAACUAUUUUGUAUAGUAACCGUCUGUGUAUAGCAAAUGUUUCAGACGUCUGAUUCUUAUCACCACCACUGUGAACAAUUCUGACUCUUAAGUUUCUCUAGAAUGGAGCGUUUAACACCAAACCACUCUGAAUGAUAUUGUGUACAUCUUAAAGAGUUAAUUCUGCAGAAUCUUUGAAAAAUCAAUGGAACUGCCUUUUAAUCUGCUUUGAAAGAACCUCAGUUUUUAUAUCUUUGGGAUUUGGAAAGUGUAGCAGAGCUGGGAUACAUGAGAUGUAAUAUAUUGAGAAUGUAAUGUAUGAGGGCUGUGCCGGCGGGGAUAUAUUGAUUAUAUAUUCAGUAUAUAUUGGGUCUGCAGAUUUCCUGUGUGUCUUUUGCAUUGCUUUCUGUGUCAGUAUUGUGCUUAUCGUUGUGUCAUAUUAUUGUUUGAUUCUUAUCUCUCUGUUACUUUGAGGGAAGCAUGGCACAACAGCUUUAUGUCUGUGUACCAAAGAAAUCCUCAGUUUAUCACUGGUGUUAAUACAGUUGGCAUGACUCUAUUGCCCUCAUACAAAGAUAUAUGUAUUUAUUUGCCUUUCACAUGUUUAAAA